CAUUUGUUUCAAAAUUACAUAAGCAAUCAUCAUCGUACGGAAAAUCAAGGCAACGACCAUGGCUUGAUCGGCACAAAACCUGUCGAUUGGUUGACGAAUGCAGCGGUUUUUGCGGGUGCUGAUGCAUUGCUGAACCGUUAUGAUGAAGAACAUGAAAAGAACAAUAUUCAUUUUUGGAGAAAUGCGGGGAUAGCAGGUGCUUUAGCCUUGGGUUAUCAAUAUUGGAAGAACCAUCACGAUCAACAGCAACAGCAGCACCUCACGAGCGAACAAGCACAGCCAGCGCAAGCCUUGACUUACUUCUAUCCACAACAGCAACAACAACAACAACAACAGACUGUAGAACCCAUGAUGAUGAUGCCUUAU